AUGGCGGCGGCCAUCGCCAGCUCCCUGAUCCGACAGAAGCGCCAGGCCCGAGAGUCCAACAGCGAAAAGGUCGCCACCAACAAGAGACGCUCGAGUCCGAGUAAAGACCCGAGAUCUCUGUGCGAGAGACACAUCUUCAGCGUCUUCAGCAAAGUUCGCUUCUGCAGCGGAAAGAAAAGACCUGUACGACGGAAACCAGAGCCGCAGCUGAAAGGCAUCGUGACGCGUCUCUUCAGUGAACAGGGUUUCUUCCUGCAGAUGCAGCCUGAUGGAGCCAUCAGCGGAAACAAGGACGAGAACAGCGACUACACCCUGUUUAACCUGAUCCCUGUAGGUCUGAGGGUUGUGGCCAUCCAGGGAGUGAAGGCUGGACUGUACGUGGCCAUGAACGCCGAGGGAUUCCUCUACACAUCAGAUGUGUUCACAGCAGAGUGCAAGUUCAAGGAGUCGGUGUUCGAGAACUACUACGUCAUCUACUCGUCCACGCUGUACCGGCAGCACGAGUCCGGCCGGGCCUGGUUCCUGGGCCUCAACAAGGACGGAGUCAUCAUGAAGGGAAACCGAGUGAAGAAGACCAAACCCUGCUCACACUUCGUCCCCAGACCCAUCGAAGUCUGCAUGUAUAAGGAGCCGUCGCUGCACGAGCUCGAGGAGAAGCUGCAGAAAUCCUCACGGAGCCCGACGCUGAACAGCGGGGAGCGGGCGAGGAGCAGGGAGCGUGCCGAGGAGCAGCAGGAGGACUGCACAGAGCAGGAGGGAUCAUAGCCU